ACAUAAGAAAUUGGUAUUUUUAAAGGGAAAGGGGCGGACUACAGAAAUCGACGUUGCUUUGCUUUGGCCGCUAACUCUGUUUAAAAUUCGUGUGUAUUGAAAUAAAUUGUAAAGUGAUCUGAAGUUCGCGAAACAGAGUCGCAGCAAUGACGGGAAUAAUUUCGAUCGUAACGAGGCGGCUGCCCCAAACUUUGGGAGUGCGAGCCCUGCGGAGUAAUGAGCUAAAGCGCUGCAUCCGCCAGUAUUCCCGGCUAGUCGUCUGUGCCGCACAGCAGCAGCAACUUCUCCGCCUAGAUGCCUCCAAUCGCUGCCAGGAAGCCUCCAGGCUUCUCACUUGGCAGGGCAUCCACACUACGUCUAGAAUGUGGUCGGAGCAGACAGUGAACGUGCCUCCCUUUGCCGACUCGAUUGCCGAGGGUGAUAUCAAGUUCACCUGCAAGGUUGGUGACUCAUUCGCCGCCGACGAGGCCGUCAUGGAAAUCGAAACCGACAAGACCACGGUGGCUGUACCAGCUCCAUUCGCCGGCUCCCUGACCGACAUCCUGGUCAAGGACGGCGAUACCGUCAAGCCCGGACAGGCUCUGUUCAAGAUCAAGCCCGGUGCUGCGCCCGCCAAGGCAGCUGCUCCAGCGGCUGCUGCUGCGGCUCCCGCUCCUAAAGCUGCCCCAGCUCCAGCUGCCCCUGCUGCCGCCCCUAAGGCGGCUCCUGCUUCAGCUGCCCCCGCUGCUGCAAAGCCUCCACCACCGCCACCAAAGGCGGCGCCUCGUCCACCGCCAGCAGCACCUGCCGCCGCCGUCAAGCCGGCCGUCGCCCAGGUGAAGGUGCCACCCGUAGACGGGUCUCGCCAGAUCCUCGGCACUCGGUCGGAGCAGCGCGUCAAGAUGAACCGCAUGCGCCAAAAGAUCGCCGCACGCCUGAAGGAUGCCCAGAACACAUGUGCUAUGCUCACGACCUUUAACGAGAUCGAUAUGAGCUACGCCAUGGACUUCCGCAAGCAGAAUCUGGAUGCAUUCGUCAAAAAAUACGGAAUUAAGUUUGGCUUCAUGUCGAUCUUCUCGAAGGCCAGUGCCUAUGCGCUGCAGGAUCAGCCCGUUGUGAACGCUGUUAUUGAUGGCACGGACAUCGUGUACCGUGAUUAUGUGGACAUCUCGGUGGCCGUGGCCACGCCCCGUGGCCUUGUGGUGCCCGUCAUCCGGAACGUAGAGGGCAUGAACUAUGCUGACAUUGAGAUUGCGCUGGCCGGUCUGGCAGACAAGGCGAAACGGGAUGCUAUUACCGUGGAGGACAUGGACGGAGGCACCUUCACCAUCAGCAACGGCGGUGUGUUUGGAUCACUGAUGGGCACGCCCAUCAUUAAUCCGCCACAGAGUGCCAUCCUUGGCAUGCACGGCAUCUUCGAGCGGCCGAUUGCCGUCAAGGGAGAGGUCAAGGUUCGUCCCAUGAUGUAUGUCGCUCUGACUUACGAUCACCGAAUCAUCGAUGGACGUGAGGCGGUCCUGUUCCUGCGCAAGGUCAAGGCGGCCGUGGAGAAUCCAACGAUUAUUGUGGCCGGCUUGUAGAGUGAAUUGUCUUAAGAUGCGUCCACGGCCUUCAGUUGAUAUUAGCUUUCAUAAUUUAACGCAAUAUUUGGUUAUUUAUUAUUUUACCUCUCGAGCGUCACAAAAAAAUAGAAAAACAACACAAAUCGAACUUUACUCGUACAUUGAAAGUAGUCAAAAUAAAUUAAUCGUGGAUCUUUUCUGAAACUUUAUGAACUGUGCACUGAAUGUUACUGUUAACCUAAGACGCUGCGAAUUCAAAAUAAAGCGAUGACGAAUAUUGACCAACCUCAA